UCAGGCCGUGCGCUCGAGCCGAUCGUUUGCAGAAGUGUCGCGAGGAAGGCUUCGCGAGCAGCGCGAGGAGCCCAGGUCGAAAUCGCCACCGCGGCAAAGUAGCGGCGUAAUAUAACCGUCUGCGGGUCAUAUGAAGUUGUGUUGCUUCACUGUUUUUCUUUACAGGAUACGUCGACAGUCGACCGGUUUAUCUGGGGAAACCCCCAUCGCAAAGAAAUGAGCAAAAAAUGGAUUUCCACGCAUAAACAGCACUUUUGAAAGCAGGAUGUCCGCCCUCUCCUUGGUGACUUACGACCCUGGUGACACCCCAUUACAACACAUCUUGUAACUCCCAGCUCGCAGUGACGGAAAGUAUAAAAGUGUAAAAAGGGAAGAGAAACAAAACUUCACACAAAUCCACACUACAUCCAACAGUCAUUUCCCGCAUGGUGACUCCUCGAACCCGGCACACCCUUGCAUGCCACAGUGUUCUACACCAGUUCUUGAGAAAUUAACUGUUAUUUUACACUAGUAAACCUACUCGCAAAUUUAUUUUAAGACUUUACUGUCUCAAUGAAGAGCAGCAGGUUGUGUACUGGUUACAGCUGCCGUCUUUGGAUUUGGAAAUGGUUUCACUGGGAUCUACAUGGAGAGAAAGUAUUCAAUGAAAUGGAUAUUUUUAUCAUUGAUAUUGCUUGUAGUCAUGGCUUUCAUAGAGGUGGUACUAAAGGAUUUACAGCCAAGACGUUCACAUUAUCACCCAGCUCCUGUUUUCUCUCUCACAUCUAUGCAGCAGAAUAUAAUACCUGUUAACAAUACAAAACAUUUUAUAAUUUCUGCAUACAAGGAUCACAGGAUAAAUGGGGCAAUUCGCAUCAUUAGCAUAAUAAACAGAGACAAACUGAACCGACUCUUCUGCAUUAUCAGCUGCGCACAGGAAGACCGCCAUGUUACAGAGGCGCAGGUAGAUAUGCACAGUGAUCAUUUUGGGUUCCCUUAUGUCACGACGGAUUUAUUGUGUGAAGUUGACCAAAGCUGCAGGCCAACAACAGUCACAAUUUCAGAUUCUUCAUCCAGCUCAAAGAUCCCCAACAGCCAUUUUUUACCCAUACAAAACCAAAAUAAGAUGGAACAAAACUUUCAGUAUAACUUCACCACCUGCAUCUCCAAUCUGUUUGGGGGCUACAACAAUGUGCUGCAGUUUGUCCAGACCAUAGAAGUAUACAAGAUCCUAGGCAUACAGAAGGUGUACAUCUAUAACACCAGCUGUGGUCCAGACCUUGAGAAGGUCCUCCACUACUACGAGGAGGAGGGGACACUACAAAUUGAGCCAUGGCCCAUUGACAAGUUCCUCAACCCUUCAAGAGGGUGGAACUUUAAUGAGCAUAAAGGUGACCUCCAUUACUUUGGGCAGUUAACAACUCUAAAUGACUGCAUCUACAGAAACAUGUACAAGUCCAAAUAUGUCCUCCUUAAUGAUAUUGAUGAAAUCAUUGUUCCAUAUCAACAUGCCACACUGGGGCUACUCAUGGAAGACCUCCAACGACAGCACCCUUCUGUGAACGUCUUUGUGUUUGAGAACCACAUCUUCCCAAAAACAGUCUUUGACAGUAGUGGGACAUUCAGCUUCGCAAGAUGGAAAAAAGUGCCAGGAAUUAACAUCUUGGAGCAUGUUUACAGAGAACCUGACAGGAAAAAUGUUUUCAAUCCCACCAAGCUGCUCGUCAACCCUAGGGAAAUCAUACAGACAUCAGUGCACUCAGUCCUGAAGAAUUAUGGAGCGACGUUAAGAGUUUCUCCUGAUGUCGCCAGGUUAGUACAUGUUAGAGAACCACUGCAAGGAAGCCUCUCAAAAGAGCAACUGAUUUUGGAUACAAAACUCUGGAAUUACAAGGAGCUGCCAAAAAAUAUUGACUGUGUGUUGAAGAACUCUGGGGUCUAUGAUGGGGAUUCGGAUUUUCACUGCAAAUUGUUUUCCCGCCAAUAAUUGACUAUGAUAAUAAAGCCUUAAGUAACACAAGAUCAGUUUUACUUCAGUAGGCUGUUGGGAAUUGAAUGUACAUGAUACAUUUUAAGUGGGGUGCGGUGGCGUGGUGGGUUGGACCAGGUCCUGCUCUCCGGUGGGUCUGGGGUUCGAGUCCCGCUUGGUGUGCCUUGCAACG